AAGGACAUUUUAGCUAAUACGAAAAAAUCUUAACCGGGAUAAGCACUCAGAUAAAAUGAAUGAUCCCCAACCAAACAAUAAAUAUGGAGCCAAUAAUUAAAUACCAUUAAAAAAGACAACAAAUCUUGAAACAAAGCAAAUAAAGCCUCUCUUCAGAAAAAGACCCACCCAUCCUUUCGUGCAGCAUCUCCUUUUUUUAAGCUUUCCAAAAGCCUUAAAUAUUCCUUCCCUGUCUCACACAUUAAGCCACAUUCUAAAUCCAACUCCAAAAAGAAAAGAGAAAACCUAUACUCUUCUGUAGUCUUAUUUUCUCAACAAUCAAACAAAAUACAAGAAAAUGGGGAAGAAAAUGAAGCUCCCAUUUCUGAACAAGAUCAUUUCAUAUUCAUCAUCUUCUUCCUCUUCAUGGCCAUCACCUUCUUGUCAUCAACAAAGCCCUAAGAAAAUAUUUUUCAGAGCUUUCUUCACCGUUAACAAACCUAAAAAUGUCAACAAACCCGAGCCACCUUCACGCAGCUUCUCCUCCUCCUCUACCACCACCAACAUCAUGGAAAAGCCACGGGAGAUAGAGUGUAUAGAGAAUGUGAUUAGGGGACUAAAAUCAUCAAAAAGACUUAUCUUCGAACGUAGAGGAAGAUCAAACUCCAUACUCGAAGAAGUUACUAAGGAAGAAGAAGAAGAAGAUGCUCCUGAGGAAGAAGAUUCUAUAGAAGGCUUCAUGCUCUUGUCCUUAAAAUCAAACGACCCGUACUUGGAUUUUAAGAAAUCCAUGGAAAAGAUGGUUGAACUACACGCUCUUCAUCAUGAUUGGAGAAGGCUCGAGAAGCUUCUUUUCUUGUUAUUGAAAGUCAACGUUAAGACAAGCCACGAAUACAUCUGCGCCGCGUUUGUCGACUUGCUCUUAAACUUAGCAGUAGAAACUUCUAAAGACAUCGCCCAAGAACCUCGUCCUGUCCUCGUCGAGGAAUCUCCAUCGUCGCCAUUAUCAUUCUACACGUCGUACUCGUCCUCAGAUGAUACCUCGUCGACGUCUGUCCGGGGCUUACCGGAGAAUUUGAUAGGUGAGAAGAGAAGGGACGUUGUUUGUUGUUUAUCGUCGUUGUUUGAGAUGGAGGAGAAGAUUAUAGACAAUAUUUAUUAGAGUGGUUAUGUUUCUUCUUAAAUGUUGUUUAUAGAAUUACAUACAUAAAUCAUAUGUCAUGUUUUAAAUUUAUAAUACUAGACACAACUCUAGUGAAGCAGUGGUAUAAAACGGAAAUUGAAGUCGAACCAGUUUAUUUUCGCGA